AUGAAUAAUUUAGUUAAACUUAGCAAAACAGUCUUUCAAGAUUUCCUAAAUGAUAUAAUACAGUCAAUAAUGUAUAAUAUGAGCCAGCCAAAUAAACUCCCAACUGAAAAUCUAAAAGAAUUUUCGGUAGAAUUCUUUAAAGUUCUUGCUCUUAUGGUACUAUUUGUGUUUUCUUAUCAAUAUAUUUUAAGACUUGCACUAAAUGUAAGUAAAAGCCCCCAAAAAAUAUAUAAUAGAGCAAUUUCUCCGCUUAUUUCUAUAUUUACAAAUCUAUUUUUUUGUGUUUGCGGGUUUAUUCCUACGUACAUCUAUAUAUAUAACCAAUAUGAAGUGUUUUUUGAGAAAAAUGUCGAGUUAUAUAAGAUUUUUGCUAUAUCUAUGUUUUGUGCACUGCCCAUUUUUUCCAUAAUAAUAUCAAGUAUUUUAAUUAGUAUAUUACCAAUUAAAAAGACUAGAAACAUAACAAUAUUAAUCUACAUGGCAUCAUUAAUUGUAAUGAUUUUUAUAUUUUUAAUUGAAAUUGCCCGCAUACUCAAACCUAACAAUGAUGCAUACAUAUUUUCGACUGCAGAUUCCUCUUUUAUUAAACAAUCUGCGAUCUAUGGUUUAUAUGCAUAUAAAAUCAGUAUUAUAGUGGCAGGAAUAACUACUUUGUUUAAUAUAAUCGUGUGGCUUCCUUGUAUUAUAUUUAAAAAUUUCAAUGGCAAGAAAAACCCUCGUUUAUAGAAAUAGUCUCGUAGACUAUUAAUACUAUG